AUAAUGGACAAUGGCUUCAGUACUCCCUCGGAGCCUUUGUUAGUCACAGAGAGCAUAGAGAUGGCUAUGGAAGUAGAAAUGGAGUUAUCCAGAUUUUGCGGCUUCUCCUGCGCAUCUGAUGUUAGAACUGGAAAGAGAAGUUUUUCUACUGAUUCCUAUUUGGCAAGUGGGUCUCUUAAGAGGAUUUUACUGAGGCUGGAUCCUUUUCCAACUGACUAUGAAGAAGAUACAGUGGAAUUAUUUGGCUUUCAGUGGGUUACUGAAACUGCUUUAGUUGAGUCUUGUACUCUUCUGUUUGGAUUAUUUAGGCAACAAAUACAUAAGUUGGAAAACCUCAUUCAGCCAUGUUCAGUUGACUUUGGCCAGGCUGCAAACCUUCACUGGGAGGCCCAGAAUAUCAGACAGCAGUGUAUUAAAUUCCUGCAGUAUGUGAAAGUUUUCAUCUUCAGGUAUCUGGAACCUCUCGAGACAGAAGAUGAUGAGCUGUUGCAUCCAUUUGAGAAACAAGAAGUUCAGCUCCCUUCCUUGCUUGUGGAGGAGGUCCAUUCUUUGACUUUGUACAUUGGACGCCUACAUGAACUCCCUAGUUCUAUCCUGGGGGGAUUUUCCAUUCAGUCGCAAGCAAAGUUAUUUCCCCCAUCAUGGCAUUUACUGCAUCUCCACCUAGACAUCCGCUGGUCAGUGUUGGAAAUUCUUCAUAUUCUGGGGGAAAAGCUGCCAAGGCAAACUAUAUAUGCUCACAAGUUUACAGAUUUAACUGGUGAAAAUUUAACCAACAUCAGUUUGUUUGAACAACACUGUGGGAAUCUCUUAAGUGAUCUGAUAAGUUUGUCAGUUGACAAAUAUACAAAGGUGAGGCUCUCCGAAGCUGUAAGUACUCACCACUAUCCCUGUAGCUGUGUAAAAGAGCUGUGGGUUCUGCUUAUUCAAAUGCUAGACCUCAGAAGUAAAGGAUCACUUACAGAGUCUUUCUGGAGCUGGAUGAAUAAAAUUCUAAAGAAUGUAUUGGGAAAAAGCAGCCAUGUGGAGGCAAUAUCUGGCUUUGAGUCAGUUCUGUGCAAGGAUCCAUUGAGUUUUAGUUGGUGGAUUAUAACUCAUCUCUCGUCACUUUACUACUGUGAUCACAAUGGAAAUGUGAAAGAAAAGAAACCAGUAGAAUCCAACUGGCCUUUUGUGGAAGAUCUGCUGAAACAGUCAAUCAGUAGUCAAACUGGAAUAUUAGAAGAACAGUUACGGAUGCAUCUUCAGUGCUGUUUGACUUUAAGCCACGUUUGGGAUGCGAACCUCCCUACUGUCACCAUACUCUGGGAAUAUUACAGCAAGAAUCUGAACAGUCCUUUUACUAUUCCUUGGUUUGGUCUCAAAGAUUUUGCAAGUAUUAGUAAAACACCCAUGUCUAUGUAUGAGUUGGUAAAGAGCUGCUGCAGUGACAUUCAUUCUCCUGAUGCGUAUGUAUCUAGCAACAGUUACCAAAUUUUCCUUUGCAUUUUGGCACAAAUAAUGCAGAAGGCAGUAAAGACCAAUGGCGUUCAUCCGUGGAAACAAAUCAAAGGAAGAAUUUAUUCCAAGUUUCACCAGAAAAGAAUGCGUGAGUUGACGGAGGCCGGGCUGCAAAACUUUUUCCAUCUUUUCCUUGUGCUGGCAACCAUGGCGGAAACCGAGGAUGUGGCCAGUCGCGUGAUGGAACUGUUGCGUUUUCUUAGUCCGGUCUCCACAAGCACGUCUCAGAGAGCUCUGAUCUGGAAAGGGUGCUUUGCCUUCAUCUUAACAUACGUUGAGAAGAGCAUGGACAUUACUGUGCUGGCUGAGCAUCUCUCAAGCGCCUUCCGUGAAAAGGCAAAGGAGUUCUUAGUAGCGAAAAAUGACCACGCGCAGAAACAAAACCUCUGGAUGUUGCUUUCCACUUACGUUGAUGGCGUCCAAGAAGUAUUUGAGACCAGCCGCCUGUUGCACCUUUCUGAAGAAAAGCUGCUGAAUGAUGGCUUCAGUAUGUUGCUUCCAGGUUGUCGAGGAGCCGAACUCGCAGCUGUCUUAAAUUUCUUGCAGGAUAUUCUAUCUAGGUUGAGAAAUGUGCACAAGCAGUUAGAACAGGGUAUGCCGUUAGGGAAUAUGGACCCAACUAUGCAGCUGUCUUCAGUGGCGAAAGAGCACCACCUUGCUGUUGCCAGAGCUCUCUGGAGAAAUUUCUUUCCUUACUUGAAGAGCCAGAGAAUGUUGCAGAUUCCUCCUCCUCAGCUGGCAGAUGCUGCUGCAGGUUUUACUUUGCUGGCUUUGGAUUUGCCUAGCACAUGUACAACAGAUCUUCAACCCCAGCCUGUUUUAGCAAUGAUGCAGUUGUUUGGAUGGGAUGAUAUGGUUUGCCCUGAGCUUGUAUCAAGAUACCUGAGCCACCUUAUACAAAACAGAGAAUUGUCUGAAGCACUUACUGGUGUGGGUCAUACAUCCUACCAAGCAUGGUUGGUACGGUCAUGGUUUCGGUGUACUUUGCAAAUGUUUAUCAAUCAGCCUACUGAUUCUUUGGCCAGGACAAACACCGACCGAACAGCUAAUAAAAUAUAUAUGGAACAACUGACUGAACUCACAAGAUUGAUACUUAAACUCCCAGAAGUUGGAGAUAUUUUCUCAAAGGCUCAUGUUGAUGAGUCAGUCUACAAACAAGAUCCAAAGAAUGCCGUUUUUCAUUUUAUUAAGGCUGUUGGUAAAUAUUAUGGUGGGCUUCAAACACUAGAUGAAAAAUCUUCUAUGGUAACAAAGGCACUAGAAUAUCUGGGUGAUGUAUUAAAAUAUAUAAAACCCUACUUGAUGAAAAAAGGGCCUGCUGAAGGACUUCAUCUCAACUACAGUAUUAUGGGAUGCCUUGUGAAGUCCUGGGCACCCAUACUGGCUACUUCCAAAGCACAACCGCUCUUGUUCCGCAUAAUAGAUUGCUUGCUUUUGCCACAUGCGGUGUUACAGCAAGACAAAGGGCUGCCUGCAGCGAUGUUGUCUGCCAUUCGGGAGAAUCUUCCUUGUUUUCUUCAGGGAUUGUCCUUCAUAUGCUGCCAGGCCCAGACUCAAGGGGCCUAUUUGCACCAGCUGCUAGGGAACAUUAUUCAGCAGUAUUUUGGGCGAUUUCUUCCUUCUUCACCUUCUGCUUCCCAAGCUUGGCAACACCCUAUUUUGCUGGCGAUAUCCAGUUCUGUCGCCAUCCCAGGAGCCUCACAUCUGUACAAAACCACUCUGCAGGUCAUCAGUGAAAAUUACCUCCAGUUCAAAGGUCACGCUCCUCCUCCUCGCCUGGCAUCAGUUCUUGCUUUUAUUCUUGAAGUACUUCAGAGAACCAAGAGCCCUGAAAUGUGCAACAUUGGGCUGCUGCUCCCUGUGGUGUUGAAAUGCCUGGUGUUGGUCAAUGAACCACAAGUUAAAAAACUGUCUAUGGAGAUUCUGCAGUGUGUCAUAGAAAGCUGCCAAACAAGGUCAGGACGAGAGCUUGCCACCCAGCUGACUUCCAUGUUUAGGCAAUUUAUCCAAGAUUACACUACUGUGUAUGAUAAUCAAGUUUACAGCAUCUUGGAAGCAGUGGCAGUCUUGGACCAGUCUCUAGUUAUCAGCCUGAUUCCUGCUAUGACAGAAGCCCUGAGGAAUUCUGAGUACAAACAAGGUCUUGGCAGAAACAUCAUGCAAAGAGAAGCCUAUAAAAGACUCUUAUCUCAGCUUGCAGAGGCUGGACAACUCGAGAUACAGAAACUGGAAAAUGAGAGCCAUUAGCCAUGUGUUGAUUAGGGGCUAGUCCCCGAUCA